AAUCUCUACUGAGUAACUCCUUUGCAGCACACGCAAGUUCGUCUCAAGGUUCUGCCAGCUAUGGACUAUUUAGUGGUGGUAAAUUCGAGGCCAGUCAGAAUACACAAGAAAAACAAAAUAAGAAUCAAGAAGCAACAAAGGACACAUCUUCUUCCUCUGGAAGUGCUGCAAAUAAUCAAAGGACUGCUCAAAAUUAUGCAAACUCGUAUCUGUCAGUUGAGGGUGGUGACGAGGAAAUUGCAUCAAUAAUUAGCGAUUUUUAUGAUCCUGGAUUCACGUCAAAAAUCGAAGCGUGGCUACAGUCGAUCCCUGAUUACCCCAGGCCAUUUUCCUUCCAUCUGGGCAAGAUAACCGAGCUGUUUGACAUGAACGCAGAA